UAUAUACACACGAGUUCUUUGUCUUUAAAAUAUGUCUAAAAAUAUAAUAUCUGACUAUAGAGCAUUUCACAAACUCACUAAACGACUAACCACAGUCGUGGGUCUAUGGCCUUAUGAAAAUCCUUGUAUUUUCUAUCGGCUACUACCAUACUUUCAAAUCAGUUUAAAUUUAAUACUAGUAUUAGCGAUUCUUGGUUUUGUUUGCAAACAUUUUUCAAAUAUUUUUUUAGUGACAAGUAGUUUGAGUAUUAUGACGAGUUUUAUGACUGUUAUUAUAAAGUUAUUUUGUUUAGUUGUAAAUCGAGAAGAUUUGACGGAACUACAUAAAAAUUUGGAUCCUUACUUCAAUGGACUAUUAAAUGAUCCAAAAUUAUCAAAACUCAUUUAUAAAAAAAUUAACAUCUUUAAAUGUUUAUCAUGGGCUUUAUUUACUUGUGUUAUUUUUUCAUCGGCAUUAUGUAUUAUAACUCCAAUAGUUUUCGUAUGCUGUUAUACCAAUGAAAUGAAUAUAAAAAAAUAUCGAUCAAUAUGCCCGAGUGAUCUUUGGAAAAUAUCAUCAAAUAGAUUAUUCUAUCAAAUUUAUUUGGCUUUUGAAACCCUGGCCUCGUUCGAAUCAUUUUUUGUUGCAACGACUGUCGAUUCUUUGUUUAUGCUAUAUGUUUUUCAAAUAAUCGCAAAGCUACGUGAAAUUUCUCACUGCAUUACGCAUAUUAAAGAUAAAAAUGAUGAAAAUAGUGUAAUAUGUAAAUGUGUUUCUCAAUAUGUGAAAUUAAUAAGAUGUCGAGAUUCACUUGAAAAAAUUUAUGGACCUAUUAUUCUUUGGAUCAUGGGAACUAACACCAUUGUAUUUUGUUCAUUAUUAUUUCAAAUAUCACAGAUUAAAAGUAUAUCUGUUAUUCAAGGACUAAUGUUUAUCACGUGUAUUACACUAAAGAUGAUCCAAACAUUUAUAUAUACGUGGAGUGGAUCAUGUUUAACUGAAGAGAGUGAAGAUUAUCGAGAUGCUGUUUAUGCUGCCAAUUGGUACGGUAAUAAACGUUUAAUGACUUCAGUUGUCAUUAUGCUUACGCAAAGACCGUUGACAUUGACACUCUACAAUUUUUCAUCCGUUUCUGUUAGAAAUUUUAUCACGGUAUUCAAUGCGGCAAUUUCUUACUUUUUUUCGUUACAGUCACUUACUAGUGAUGAGUAGAAAUAAUCGUAAGCCGGUCGCCUUCAUGGAGAGAAAUUUAUGGCAACAAUUAUCAUAUUCAUGGAAACGGUUUCCAUAUCGUGUGGCAACAGGUUUUUUUGAAGUGUGGAUUAUAGGAAUGGCACCCAAUAAAUAUGGCAACCAUUCCUAUUUAUAUGGGUUUCAUUUUUAUACAAUAUCAGAAUAGUUUCUAUAAAGUUAUGGUAAUCAUUACCAUAGUAGUAUGGAAACGAUUACCAUAGUGGUAUAGGAAUGAUUACCAUAAUAUCAUGGGAAUAUUUUAGAUAUAUUGUGGAAGCGAUUACCAUAGUAGUAUGGGAACGAUUACCAUAGUGGUAUAGGAGUGAUUACCAUAAUAUCAUGGAAAUAUUUUACAUAUAUUGUGGAAGCGAUUACCAUAAUGUUUAGGGUUUAUUUCCAUAUGCACCUAGCAACAGUUCCAAUGUGAAUAUAGGAUUUAUGACUAUGUGACUAUGGGAACUAUUUCUAUGGUAAUCAUUACCAUAAUUCAAUUAUCAUACGAUAUAAGAAAUAUUACCUUAAUUAUAGACAUUGCUCCCAUAGUUAUAAAAAUUUUCCCAGAAAUUAAGGGCGUAUAUCCCAUAAUUCUAAGCAAUUAUUACCAUAACGUUAUGGGUUGAUAUUUGAAAAAUACACUAGAAACGGUUACCAUAAUUUUCUGUCUGUGACAAUAUUUUUAAAGCUUGACUUAUUACUUGAUUGUAUUUAUAGGAAUUGUAAGUCUGAUAAUAAUUUGG